AGGGGCUGAGGCUGAGGCAUGGGAGGGCAAGGAAUGGAUUACUAUAACCAAGUUGGGUCCGCUGGUCAAGGACAUGAAGACCAAGUCCUUGGAAGAAAUUUAUCUCUUCUCUUUACCCAUCUAGGAGACAGAGAUUAUUGACUUUUUCCUAAGCAUAUCCCUCAAGGAUGAAGUUCUGAAGAUCACACCGGUACAGAAGCAAACUCGUGCUGGCCAAUGGACAAGAUUCAAGGCAUCUGUCGCCACUGAGGACUACAAUGGUCACACUGGUCUGGGUGUAAAGUGUUCCAAGGAAGUAGCCACUGCCAUUCACGGUGCCAUCAUUCUGGCCAAAAUCUCCACUGUCCCAAUGCAAAGAGGCUACUGUGGGAACAAGAUUGGCAAGCCUCACACUGUCCCUUGCAAGGUGACAGGCCACUGUGGCUCUGUGUUGGUGCAUCUGAUCCCUGGCCCCAGAGGCACUGGCAUCAUGUCAGCCCCUGUACCCAAGAAGCUGCUGAUGAUGGCUGGUAUUGAUGACUGCUACACCUCUGCCAGGAGCUGCACUGCUACUCUGGGCAACUUUGCUAAGGCCACCUUUGAUGCCAUCUCCAAGACCUACAGCUAUCUGACCCUGGACCUCUGGAAGGAGACUGUCUUCACCAAGUCUCCCUACCAGGAAUUCAUUGACCAUCUUGUGAAAACUCACACCAGAGUCUCCGUUCAGAAGACUCAUGAUCAAAGAGUAGCUACAAUGUAA